AUGAGGAACGCCUUGCACCUUGCUGUUGGCAGCAGUCUGCUGCUCACGCCUAGCUAUGCCCAGCAUGUCAACCGCACCCAGGAGUUCGUCCCAUGGCAGGACUCUCCGAACGGUAGAGGCACAAUGGAUAUCAUCUGGGCGUGUCUUUUCACAGUUUUCAUCUGCGUGUGGACAGCUGUUCAUCUGAACGUACCUGCACCGCCUGGGACUGACAGUACCGUCGAUCUGUGGCUGAGACGAAUCAAAUGGGGUGAGGAUAAUUCUCAGCACGAUUAUCUCUGCACCGAAGCUGACAACGCUCAAGUCGGUAACUGUUGCAUUGUACCGGAGAUCGUCACCAUGUUGGCGGCUGGCCAAUGGUCGUUUGCUCGGUCUUGCUGGCGUGAGAUGAGAGACAUUCUUACCGAACAAGACGCACAAUUGAGCCUAGAAAGUGGCAACAUAACGCUCCUAAAGACCGUCACCGAUCCGUUCAUCAGCGUGACCAACACCCCACCCUCUCCUCCAGCCACUGAUGGAGACGAGAUUCAGAUGAUCGAGAUGAGUCGGCCGAGGAUGCAACGCUCUGAAACUUUUGAGGAAAUGCGGAAGAGACAAGACGACGAACGAUGGACCUUGCGCCAUGCCUUCUUUGCCAACAUGGGUGGCUUCCGGCUCAAGGAGCAGGGAAACCCGAUACCUUACCUCGUCAAUGCGAAACACAUCAACUACCUGGUGCGCAAAGGAUAUAUAGACCUUCCCACCAUUAGCACUCUCGAAAUCAACGACCGCUCCAAAUCAGACAGCCUAGCCAAAUUUCUGGCCAUCAUGCAAGUUGGCUGGCUUGCCAUCGAAGUUAUCGCCAGAGCGAUUCAGAAACUGGAAACAACAGUGCUCGAAGUCACGACUCUCUCUUUCGUCGUUUGCACCAUGGGCAGUUUCAUUGCCUGGUAUCGCAAACCUUAUGAUGUGCAGACAUAUACCCUGCUGGAAAUGAAAGACGGAUACACCGUUAACGACAUCGACCUUACCUUUACGGACCAAAAAGAAGGUGGGAGACAGCGGAAUCUGUUGGAGGAGUACCAGUCGACUCAUCCCUCGAAUCAAUCCAAGAUACUUGAUGAGACUGGGCAACUUGUUGCACCAUAUACCAAGCUGGACAUUAUUGACGAUGGAGAACCUACUUUUACCGGAGCCUUUACCGAUAAAUAUCGGAGAUAUUGGGGAAGCAAGGGUGGUAAUCCAAAUAGAAUCCGAAACGACCGCCUUCCGAUAAUGGAGCACCGAGUGACUUUUGUUGUUGCAGUCAUUACAUUCGCCUACGCAGGGCUUCAUGCUGCUGCCUGGAACAUCCCCCUUCCAACGGAUAUCGAACAGAAACUAUGGCGCAUCGCAUCCAUCAUCAUGCUCGGCUGCUGCGUGGCGUGGUUCGGCAUGGAUCAUUUUCAGGAGUAUCGGCUCAUCCAGAAAUCCAAGAAAGGAAUAGUCGAUCGAGAUUCCAUUGUCCCCUGGUGGAGGAUACCAGCAUCCAUCCUAGUGGCCAUCUUAUACGGGCUGAGUCGCAUGGCACUUCCCACACUCAAAGCAGAACGGGUGGGCCGCUUGCCUCCUUUCAUGCUCCAGGAGUUCGAGAAACAUGGACACACUUACACCCAACGGGUCAAUGGGCAAUUGGUGGUCCUCACUCGGUCUCCGGCCAAUGUCCAUGCCAUUUGCAAGUACCGGUUCAAAGGUCCGAACAUGCACUUUGUUUUUCUUUUCUUUUCUUUUCUUCGCCCAUCCAUUCGGUCUUCACAGGAGCAUUCAGCUGAUUCCAGACCUCAUUUCAAUCGCAGUAUCGAUCAGGAUUUCGUCCAGCUCGAAGUCCAUGUGCAGCGGUUGCUGGGCAGGUUGAAGGCGCACAACGAAGGCGAGGCCAUUGACAUUGCAGAUUUGCUGCUUAAGUUGAGCACCGACUUCGCGACGCAGACCGUGUUUGGCCACUCGACUGAUACGCUGCUGUUCGAUAUGAAGCACUGGUCCGGGGAAGAACAGGACAAGGGUAGCACGGGCGAGUUCUCGACGGCUCUGGGCCACGCGCUGCACAUGCUAGGCCAGCGAGGCCAACUGUUGAAUUUCUACUGGCUUCGUGAUUCGCCGCGGUUCCGAAGAUCGUGUCGCACCUGUCGGGCGUUCGUCAAUCGAUACCUGACCGACGCUUUGUCUGAACAAGCCUGGAAAAAAGGACAAGUCGAAGGCGGCCGCGGCGGUGCAGUUUCCUUCCUGCAGUCUCUGGUCUCCAAGGAGGCUGAGUUGUCGACGGGCGUGAUGCGGGACCAGCUCCUCUCGUUGCUUUUGGCGAGUCGAGACACGACGGCGUCGUUUGCGAGCUGGGUCAUGUACGCACUGGUGAAGCAUCCCCGGGCGAUGACCAAGCUUCGAGACGCAAUCGAGGCUCGUCUCCCACAGGGCACGGUGCCCACUAUGACUGACAUGUCAGCUCUACCUUACCUACGCCACGUCCUGAAUGAGGCAAUGAGAAUCUUCCCCGUCGUGCCCAUGAACGGGAGAACCGCCCGAGUCGACACCGUGCUCCCUGAGGGAGGCGGCGAGGACGGACGAAGACCACUGUUGGUCCCCAGGGGGACCACGAUAGGGUUCAACAUCUAUGCCAUGCACCAUCGACGGGAUAUCUUUGGCGACGAUGCAGAUGAGUUCCGACCGGAGCGCUGGGAGAGUGAUAUGUCGGGAGAUUUUGAUAGUGCUUUUGCACCCUUCAUCCUCGGCCCCCGGGUCUGCUUAGGUAGUGAGUAUUGUUCUUAUUGUCCUUUGUUGUUGAGCCAGUACUUGCAAAAGCUAUGGGCUAAUUCCAGGUGGAAAUUCUUAGAAAGUAUGGCCAUGAUGACAGUGUCAUACUUGGUCGUGCGCCUAUUGCAAAGUCUCGAACGCCUCGUGCUGGCUGAGGCCCCAGAUGAGAUUGCUCGUAUGAAGCUGACAAACAGACGCAGUUGGCCUAGUGAGGAAACGCGAUACGAUAUGACCGACGGAGCUACGACGUUUGGUAUCGGAAUCACCAUGGCGCCUCGCGACGGCGUCUGGGUCAAGACAUAG